AUGGAGUGUGGAGAGAGUCUCGCGAAGGACUCGAGACACGCCUUUUUCAUGCAGCAGGCAUUGUUGAUGGGCGAGAAAGCACUUCAAUCGGGCGAAACUCCUGUUGGCUGCGUUUUGGUGCACGAUGACCAAAUCGUGGGGUCUGAUCCCUCGCUGUAUAUGGAACGCAUCGCUGAGAACCCGCAGGGAACACGACAUGCCGAGUUUCUGGCGAUUGCAGAAAUGCUUCAAUGUUAUCCCCGGUCAGCCUUGAAAUCUACCGAUCUGUAUGUGACGGUUGAACCAUGUGUGAUGUGUGCCUCUGCCCUCAAGCAAUACCACAUCCGUCGAGUAUAUUUUGGCUGUGCCAACGAUCGCUUUGGGGGUACCGGAGGUGUCCUCUCAUUGCACUCUGACCACUCGAUCGACCCGUCAUACCCUGUACACGGCGGAUUAUUCAAGGAAGAAGCUAUCAUGUUGCUUCGACGGUUCUAUAUACAAGAAAACGAAAAAGCACCUAAUCCGCGGCCCAAAAAGAACCGAGAGCUGAAUACCCAUUUCGAUGGUGGCGUUGGAGAUUCUCCAGCA